UUUGUAUAACCUGACGUGUGGACUGUGGGAUGAGAUCAUGUAAUCAUACAAGCACUCUCACACUACCUAUAGAAAGCGAGAUUAGUGUCCUAAUUCCCGGAGGAUAAAGUUAUAUACAUUCACCUAAUUUUUUAUUAUAUGAUAUGCACAUAAAGAAGAAGAAGAAGAAGAAAAAACUGUUUGUUUUAAAGAAGAAAGUCAUAAUUCCGCUUUAAUUCUGCAUGAAUUCAUGUGUGUUUUUAACUCUCACUCCAUGGCACAAUCUUUCAUAUUUGAAAGGCAGAGAGAGAGAGAGAGAGCAUAUGCAGCCGACAGUAAGGAACAUUUUUGGUAGAAACACAAAAACAUAUUUGCAAUAACACAAAAAAAGGUUUGCAACUUUAUUUGGGGGGAAGAGAGAUCUAAAUCUAAUGGGUGUUGUUACUGUUCCUGAGUCUAAGCAAAGUGUUGCUGCUAAAAGAGCGUUUCGUCCAAGUUCCAGCAUCAGACACACUCCUCAAUGGCCUGUCUCGGACGUUACGAGUGACUUAACCAUCGAAGUCGGCUCUGCCAGCUUUUCCCUUCACAAGUUUCCCCUCGUCUCUCGGAGUGGAAGAAUCCGGAAACUUGUUCUGGAAUCAAAAGACAAGAACCUUAACCUAGCCGUAGUUCCAGGCGGCUCAGAAUCGUUCGAGCUCGCUGCAAAGUUCUGCUACGGCGUUGGCGUCCAAUUCAACUCGUCCAACAUUGCGGCUUUGCGGUGCGUGGCUCAUUACCUUGAGAUGACAGAAGAGUUGUCGGAGAAGAACCUGGAGGCGAGAACAGAGGCCUACCUCAAAGACUCCAUCUUUAAUGACAUUUCGAAUUCGAUCACUGUUCUUCACUCCAGCGAGAGGCUACUGCCUGUAGCUGAAGAGAUCAACCUCGUCGGGAGGCUGGUCAACGCAAUCGCUGUAAACGCCUGCAAAGAACAGCUAGCCUCUGGUUUGCUCAAGCUUGAUCAGAAUUUCAGCUGCGGCGUGCCGGAGACUGAGAAACCUUGUGACUGGUGGGGGCGCUCUCUUCCCAUCCUCAAGCUCGAUUUCUUCCAGAGAGUUCUCUCCGCCAUGAAAUCCAAAGGUCUCAAUCACGACAUUAUCAGUGACAUCCUCAUGAGCUACGCUCGCAAGUCACUGCAAAUCAUCAGAGAACCGAGUCUCGUCAAAUCAGAUUCCGAUCUGCAGAGGAAACAGCGAAUCGUCCUUGAAGCGGUCGUGGGGCUCCUCCCAACGCAAGCGAACAAAAGCUCAAUUCCGAUAUCGUUCCUCUCUAGCUUGUUGAAGACCGCUAUAGGAUCUGGAACCUCCGUCUCUUGCAGAUCGGAUCUGGAGAGACGGAUCAGCCACCAGCUCGACCAGGCGAUCCUGGAAGACAUCCUUAUUCCGGCGAACAUGGGCGCCAUGUACGACACCGACUCGGUGCAGAGAAUCUUCUCCAUGUUCCUGAACCUUGACGAGUGCGACUACAGAGAUGAUGACGACGACGAGGACGCUGGAGAUGCGGUGGACGAGAGCGAGAUGGCGAUUUACGAUUUCGAGGGGGCUGAGUCUCCGAAACAGAGCUCCAUCUUCAAGGUGUCGAAGCUGAUGGAUAGUUAUCUCGCUGAGGUGGCUCUCGACUCGAGCCUCCCUCCCUCCAAAUUCAUAGCUCUCGCAGAGCUUCUCCCUGACCAUGCUCGCGUCCUCUGCGAUGGUCUCUACCGAGCCGUUGAUAUCUUCCUCAAGGUUCAUCCCCACAUGAAAGAUUCAGAACGUUACCGUCUCUGCAAGACAGUCAGCUGUAAGAAACUGUCGCAGGACGCAAGCAGCCAUGCGGCGCAAAAUGAGAGGCUUCCGGUUCAGAUUGCUGUUCAAGUCCUGUUCUACGAACAGACACGGCUCAAGAACGCCAUGACCAGCGGCGGUGGCACGAGCCAAAGCCAGUUCUUCUUGUUCACAAACCGCUCGGGAAGCGGGAUGGCAAGCGGAGCGAUCUCGCCGCGGGACAACUAUGCGUCAGUGAGAAGAGAGAACAGAGAGCUGAGACUGGAAGUGGCCAGGAUGAGGAUGAGGCUAACGGACCUCGAGAAGGAUCAUGUUUCGAUGAAGAAAGACUUCGUGAAGCCGCAGAGCAGGAGGAGGCGUUAUGGAAUGUUGAGGAAGCUCUCAAGAGGUCUGAACAAGUUGAACGCAAUCGUUUUGAGAUUUAGGAGCAGCCAAAGUACUCCCAAGAACGGUAAGCAUACGGAGGAGAAAACGAAUUCGGAAAGACGAUUCAUGUUUCAGAAGAGAAGAUGUCACUCUGUUUCUUGAGUUUCUUCUUCUUCGAGUCUUUCUAAUGCUUUUGUGCAUGUAAUCUUUUUAAAAAAGAAAAAAAAAAUGGAGAGUGAAUUUGGGUGUGUAGAUUUGUAAUUUACAGAUUCUAGGGUUGCAUUACCUUCCCAAGAUUGUAUAUAGCCGUAGUUGAUAAUAAGGAUCAAGUUUGAGAGU